AUGACAGACGUCGUGCCUGAAGUGGAAGAAUUCGGUCAUGAUGUACCGAUGGAUCCGACGAUGGAGCCUGAGGAUAGCGAGCACUCGGAGGAGCUGGAUAUAAGCGAAGCGCAGGACUCCGAGGGCCACGCGGAUGAUGCUGGAGAAGCUGAGGAUGACGCGGAGCAGAUUUUAAUCGAAUGCAGGCCUGCGCCUUCGACGCCGAAAUACGCUGUGGCGUCGUCGUCAAAUCCUCCUGCUCCGGUAAGUGCUAACCAUUGA